GCGCUCGCACCUCCUCCACCCAAGCCCAACAACCCCCACUGACACUAAUGGCGGCGGUCGCGACCCUCCUCUGCGGCAGCGCUGUCGCCGCCGGCCAGCAGCGGCUCCGCCGACGCGCUGCUUCGUCGCUCAAUGCCGGCGGCGCCCACGUAUCGUACGGCGCCCACCUCGUCCGCCGGGGGCAGCUCCGCCCGGCGCUAUUCCCCGCUCCCUCCUUCGGCGACCUGUCUUCGCCUGCCCCGGCGAGCGGGCGCCUCCUCCGGACGCCGGCUUCCGCCUCCUCGUCUGACUCCGCGGGGCAAGCAAAGCCCGUCAGUUUUGUGCAGAAGUACCCGGCUCUUGUCACGGGUUUCUUCUUCUUCAUGUGGUAUUUUCUGAAUGUGAUAUUUAACAUCCUGAACAAGAAGAUCUUUGACUACUUCCCCUAUCCAUACUUCGUGUCGGUGACCCAUCUCUCGGUAGGAGUCUUAUACUGCCUUAUCAGCUGGAGCACCGGUCUCCUAAAGCGCGCGCCAAUCAAUUCAACGAUUCUGAAGCUGCUGUUGCCAGUUGCAGUUUGCCAUGCCAUUGGUCACGUAACAAGCACCGUGUCUUUUGCUGCUGUAUCUGUCUCAUUUGCCCACACUGUUAAAGCUCUCGAGCCAUUCUUCAAUGCGGCUGCGUCGCAGUUUAUCCUCGGCCAGCAAGUUCCAUUUACAUUGUGGUUAUCUCUAGCUCCAGUUGUGAUUGGUGUAUCAAUCGCAUCUCUCACUGAACUCUCCUUCAACUGGACUGGUUUCAUCAAUGCAAUGAUUUCUAACAUCUCCUUCACCUACCGUAGCAUUUACUCCAAGAAAGCUAUGACUGACAUGGAUAGCACCAAUUUGUAUGCCUACAUCUCUAUAAUUGCUCUCAUUGUCUGCAUUCCUCCAGCAAUUAUUAUUGAAGGUCCUCAACUAAUGCAGCAUGGAUUUAAAGAUGCAAUUGCCAAAGUUGGAUUGACGAAGUUAGUUUCUAAUAUUUUCUUGGCGGGCUUGUUCUAUCACCUUUAUAAUCAGGUUGCAACAAACACACUGCAGCGAGUGGCCCCUCUAACACAUGCCGUCGGUAACGUGUUAAAACGUGUCUUCGUCAUUGGCUUCUCAAUCAUCGUUUUUGGUAACAAAAUCAGCACACAGACCGGAAUUGGCACUUGUAUUGCUAUUUCUGGUGUUGCCCUCUACUCCGUUAUCAAGGCUAAAAUUGAGGAGGAGAAAAAGCAGACAAAGAGUGCAUAAGGAGUUGAGUGAUGCGGCUAUGGCUGGAUGGUUAUUUCGAUCAUCUAUAUACCACGGCCAAAGAAGAAACUUCCAAGAUGGACAAGAAUCUAAGUUUCUUCUAAGUUUUGCAUACUAGUUUGGCACUAUAGACUCCUGAAUGCUGAUGGCCAAGAUCAGUUAUUUCAAACAUUUCUGAAGAAAACUCAAUCCGUAGAGCACCUUUAGUGAGGAUAUGUUCAUUUUAAUAGCUACUCUAUUUCCUGUAUUCUGCUGACUUCAUGGUGCUGGUGAGAUUUAGUACCAUUAUGCAUUGCCAAAUUUUUCUUUGUGA